UUCGUGCAGCUGGUGUGCAUUUGGUUGUGUGUAUGUGUGUGAGUGUGCGUGUGUGCGUGUCUGAAUGCCAACAAGUUGAUAUUAUUUUUAAUUUUCCAAACAUCUUUGAAUUAAGCUCCGGAAGUGAGCCGGCUCCGUGGCGGCUGAGGCAUCUUUCAGAUAAAAGAAAAAGACUUGGAGCAACAACGGAGAAUCCAAUGAACUCGAAAAUAACAAGUUUGCUACGCGCAGCCUUUGAAAACAAGCCACAUCUACGCAGUUUAACCAAUUUCGGGGUAUCAGUUUUUUUAAGCUAACUUGAAGCUCGAGCGUGCAGCUGCUCGAGCUGUUAUUGUGUUUUUUAGUGGUUGGCAGUUUACAGUCAAGUGAUAGUCCCGUGUGCCUUCUUUUAAAUGUGUUAAGUCGCUCAUGUUAGCUAAUGAAGUUGUAGUAAGCGUCACGGUAAUAAAAACGUAACUGUAGGGGGAUAAGCCAUAAGCUACUCAGUAAAAAAAUGCUAAAGACGUUGACGAAGAAGCUAAGAAGACAUUCACUCAAUGAGAUACAUCCUUUCCAGCUGAAGAUUUCGUACCAUGGCAGUGGAGAGGGAGGGGAGAGUGAUGACUCAGAGGGGGAGAACCAGGAGCUUGCACAGAUUGACAGAGAGAGACGGAGAAAUUGUGCCCUCACACCCUUGGCCACCAGCCAGCAGCACAACCAGGGUCCCCUGUCUCCAGCCCGACUACGGCGCCUUCGCCUGCUUUUAGAUGCCAAUCUGGAUCGCCACUCUUCCGAGGAAGAGCUCGAGCGAAUCAGCUGUGGUGACAACAGGAAGUGGGUGUCAUCGCUUCCCCAGCGCCACGGCGAUCACCACAGCAGCGCCUCCAGUGAUGAGGAGGUGCGGGACCUCUGUGGCUGCGGCUCGCCGGCUGCUUCUGCCAGGCCACUGGUGGAGCCGGGCGCUUGCCUGGCUGCCUCCCCCAGCCCUGUACUCUUCAGCUCCAGUCCACCACGUAGCCUCAAGCCACCCCCCAUGCGCUUUCAGCUGCAGGUGGUGCAGCCCGUGGCACGGCCCAUCAUUUUGACCCACUUUGACCAGUCAGCACCUUAUAGAAAGUAUCGGCACAGUUACGGAGGGGAGCCGGGGAGGCCCAGUCUGGAUCUGGAGAAAAUGCAACAGAAAAUGCUGCUGAAAAAGAACUGUGGAGGGAAAACGCGGACUAUAAAGAUUCGGAAUCUGACAGGCAGCCGUCCUCCACCCAGGUACACCUACGAUCCCUCCAUCUUCGCCUUCCGAUCCUUGAGUACAGUACCUCCCUGCAGCCCCCUGACCCCGUCCGAGGAUCCUCCCUGCUCAUAAGGAAAUUCAUCCACCGCCAGAUAAUCCUCUCCUCCCCCCUCUCUCUUCAUUCCCAGACAGCUGCUUUUUUUUGUGGCUUCUGCAACAAGACCAAGGAGUGACUGUUAUGAAAGUGACCGCUAGAAAGACGUUUGUUUGACGGUCAAACUAUUGCACACUCAGGUAAUCCCACCCUGUAACGCUGUCACUUUGAUCAUUGUUCUCCACGUGAAAUCAACAGGAACGUUUGGAGAACAAAAUGGCCUAAAACACAACAUUUCUAAGGAUACUUCAGGUAUUGCAAAUGAAAAGAUCCUGUGAUUGGAGGAAGUAUGGUCAAGAAACAAAACAUGGACUGUGGACCAGAGGUGGUACAAAGGGACAAGGCCAGCCAUUUUAAUAACCUGAAUUUAGUUCUGGGUUGGAAAAAUAUUCAAGGGAAAUAAUGCAUGUAAGACAAUCAAAUGGUUCCAAGGUUUCUUCCUUUGAUGUGAUUUCUGGACAUUUUCUAUAUAGUAACCAUGGCAAGGUGAGUCAUCUGAUAUUAUUGUUGAGAUAGACAGUGGUCACAUUCGUGCGUCUGAAAAUACUACUUCUUUGGAUGUGUUAUUGAACGAGCUAUAACAAACAUGUAUGACAUGUAUGUAGUUGAAUAGUCGACCUCUGACCUUUGACAAUGUACGUUUCUUAAUGAAUUUGUCACUUUUAGUCCAGGUCAGAGUUAAGUACUUGUAUCCUCUUUCCUUGCAUGAAUUCCACUGUUUUUGCAGAAAGAGAGGUAUGUGGAAAUAAGGAAGUAUGACAAUAGUUUGCUGCACAUUUGGCAAGUGUAAUUGGUGCUGUGUUAUGCAUAGCCUACUUGUAGUGUGCCAUUAUUUUUCCAAUAUUGUACCUCAUAACUUUCUAGGUAGAAGAGGACCACUGGUGUACCUAAGACACCCCAGUGUUUUCUAAACAUCUCUUAAUGCCUUGAAAUCACAUUCCUGUUGUAUUGAACGAAACUUGAGGUAAUUCUCGGCUCCUGAAAUGAGCCGAUCAAUUAAACACAAUGUCACCACUGUAACAAAGAUUUUGCCGAAGUGAAUGUAACAUUGUGACAUGUUUUUGUCCACUGUUGCACAAAAUGAAUCAAUAAAUGCCCUGUGGCCUCUUGUUAA